AUGGGUGUUGGUGAUUUAAAUUUAUUGAAAUCAUGGAAUCCACAUUUAGUGAAAAAUCAAAAAAAAUUUUGGGAAGUGGAACAAAAUUUAUUGAAUGAAGAAAAAAAGAUUAGAGAAAGGCAGCUAGAAAUAAAAAAAGAAAAGGAAUUACAAGAAUUAACUUCGUUGGAUAGAAACCCUAAUUCUCUCGACACACACGACGAUAGAAAUACUAAGAGAAAAAAUAACGGGUUAGAAUGGAUGUAUAAUGAUCCUACCGUUAAUAAAACAGAAAAUAAUAAAAAUAAUAAGCAAGAAACUGAGGAUGAUGAUAUGCUUUUGGGCAAGAAAAAUAUUUCCUUGAAAACAUCUUCCAAUUUAAAAAAAAAGAAAAAAUUUACAGGUGAUAUUAAUAGUGUGGUUGGAACCACAACUCCUAGUAACCAUACUAGUAAUAACUCUAAAACACUAUCGGAUGAUCCAAUGAAAAACAUUGUCAAUAAAGCAAAAUUCCAGAAUUUGGAUCCACUAAAUAUGAUCAAGAGUAAUACUGGUAAUGGUAAUAAUAAAUACAAUCAAGAUGAUCCUAUGAGUAGUUUUUUGAAACCAAAUAACCGUAGCAGAAGUAGUAAUAAUAAUAAUAAUAAUAGUAAUAAUAUAAAUAGGAAUAAGAAUAGAAGUAGAAAUAAAACUAGUUCAAGGUAUAUCCCAUAUUGA